CAACUCUCUCCUGCCCCUUGACCGAACUCAGAAGGUGACGCAUCGCCUCGCCCUCCUCUCGCGUUCCGUUCCGUUCCCGCCAAUCCUUUCGUCUUCCAGGCCGCGCCAGUCCAUGACAGGUACCCCAGGUACUGUCCUGGUCUAAGUCUGAUCCACAGCCUCCUUUUCAUAACCGACGUCAACGCACACACGCUCCACGAUCUUUGCGCCAAGACGCUAUCUGGUAUCCUGUUGUCCUCAUCCACGCGCAAUCCGGUAAUUACCUCCAUUCAUGCAUUGACAGGAACGUUCGUGCUACGCCCUCCUGAAUCAGUAUAAAGAUCCGAGGGUACCAUCAUAGUCUCUCCACCCCGUUCGCCCCCACGAACAGCCCACUUACUCCCAACGCUCAACGCCCAACUCUCAUAUCCUCCUCUCCCCUCCUCUUCCUCUCUACAAAUCAUGUCAUACGGGCGCGACAACGACAACUCCUACGGCGGCGGAAACGACUCGUAUGGCGGAAACAACAACUCCAACUCCAACUCCAAUUCCAACUCGUACGGUAGCUCUGGAGGGAUAGGCAGCGGCGGUCGCGACGAGUCCGACUCGUAUGGCUCGGGCGGCGCGGGGAACAACAACACCUAUGGGUCUGGUGGAGGGAGAGAUGGGGCCGGUGAAGGCUAUGGUUCGUCGAGGAACGAGUCCGACUCGUACGGGUCUGGUGGAGGCGGAAGGGGUGGGAACAACAACGAUAACUCCAACUCGUACGGCUCGUCGGGUGGCAACGAUAAUACCUACGGCGCUUCCACCAACCGCGACCGUGACGAUAAUACCAAUACCUACGGCUCCUCGAACAACGACUCGUACAGUUCUUCCACUGGCAACCGCGACCGGAACGACAACAACAACAGCUCGUACGGUUCCAACUCCAACGAUAAAGACUCGUAUGGGUCUUCCAACAACAACAACAACAACGACGACGACGACUCGUACGGCUCCUCUAAUAAGACUGCCCACGGUUCCUCCAACACCGACUCGUACGGCUCUUCCACCAACAACUCCAGCUCGUACGGAUCCAAUGACAACUCCAACUCGUACGGGUCUUCCAACAAGACCUCUCACGGCUCCUCCACCAAUGACAGCAACAACAGCAACUCCUACGGCUCUUCCUCCGAUAAGAACAGCAGCGACUCCUACGGUUCUUCUAACAACAACUCGGGUACCGCUGGCACGCACCAAUCGAGCGGCAAGAGCGGAGACUGGGCGGAUAAAGGUGUUGCGUACGCCGCAAAGAAGGUGGGAUAUAACAUCGACGAAAACACAGCCGACAAGGUCGGCGACCAGCUCGAGGCGGGGUUGAAGAAGUUCGGAGGCGGCAGUUUCUGAUUCUAUCACGGACGGAUUCUGAUCUUGUCGUGGACGCGCGGACUGGUGGCUGUCGUGAUGAGGGAGCUUCGAUUGAUGAAAGGACGGGGGUCGGAUGGAUGGAUGAAGGAAUGAACGAACGGAUGGAUGAGGAGGUUCGUGCAGCGGAGACAGUAUCAACGGUCGAGGGCUCCGGACCCGCGGACUCCGAACGAAGUAUACGAGUUAUUUGUACUACUGUACAAUAUACUGGGCCUAUAUCAUUAACUGUAACGUUGUACGAAAACAAUCUGAAUCUCAACCCGACUGCGAACGGUCGCAGGC